UGUCUUAUGUUGGAGACGUGUAGAAGAAGAAACCUAUAAGGAAGUAGAUUAGUCCUACGGUAGUAGUGGACCUAGAUAAAGUAUGGAGAGCCCAGAGUUAACUUUUACUUUGGCUUAUAUAGUGUUCUCUCUCUGCUUCGUGUCUACGCCCAACGAGUUCCGUUCGGCCGGUUUAACCAUCCAGAAUUUGUUUUCCUCCUGGCUGGGUAGUGAGGAUGUGGGCUUCAUCCAGUACCAUGUCAGGAGGACCAGCAUUACCGUACUGGUCCACUCCGCACUGCCUUUAGGUUACUACAUGGGGAUGUGUAUCGCUGCUCCAGAAAAAAACCUAGGAUACAUUCACCAGGUGAGUGACAGCUGGAGAGCAUUUCUCCUCUUCUCUAUAUGCCUUCAGUUGACCAGCUGGAUACUCGUCAUCUACUGGUCCCGCCGUCACUGGCACAACCAUCCAAUCAGCCGGGCCCUGCAGGCCCACAUACAGCCUCCUUACUCCAGUUGGGGCUCUGUGGCAACCAGCAUCAACGAUGAGUUCAGACGCAUAGAUAAGUUUGCUACAGGGGCGCCUGGAGCCAGAGUUAUCGUUACUGACAGCUGGGUGUUAAAGGUGACCACCUAUCAUGUCUACAUGGCCUUACAGAGUGAAUGUCAUGUGACAGUGACAGAGUCCAGACAGCACCAGCUGAGUCCAGACUCGGCUUCCCCCACACAGAUAUUGACCCUGCGAGUAGACAGUAUCAACCCUGCUGUCAGACCCUUUGAUAUCAGGCUCAACUCUACAGAGCAUGCAGAGCUCAGAGAGAAACUCCAUGCACCCAUCAGAAACUCUGCCAAUGUAGUGAUCCACCAAACCAUAAGUGAACUCUUCCUGGAAACAUUUAGAGCCCAGGUGGACCUCAAUCAACCGUACACACUCCCCAGUGGACAGGAAAUGGAGCCCUGUAUAGGCUGUAUGCAGGUUCCAGCAAGCACCAAGCUGGUCAGACUCUGCCAUACAGAAGGAGGAGAUAAUGAGUCAGAGUGCCAGCAGUGUUUCUGCAGACCAAUGUGGUGUCUGUCCUGUCUUGGGCGAUGGUUUGCCAGCCGCCAAGAUCAGCAAAGACCCGAGACCUGGUUGUCUAGCAGAGUCCCCUGCCCCACCUGUAGAGCCAAAUUCUGUAUACUGGACAUCUGCAUGGUCCACUGACAAGACACACACAUACAGAUCCGAACAGACCUUUUACUCUCGAAAUAAUGUUGAGGUGUGUUUUUAUCCAACAUUCAGCAGCAAAACUCUGAAGAGAAGCAGUGGACAGUACAUUGGACUGAACUUAGUUAUGUACCUGUAGUUUAUUCUGUGCUUUCAAUAAGGAAUGAUCAUUUACAGUAUAAUUUAAAGUAAUUACAACGUUCUGAAAAACAUUCGUUUUGAACCCCAACAUAGUGUAAAAUGACAUGAUCAAUGUGACAUUUGGGAGAUACGUUUGUUUGGUGUUUUAAACCCAGUCAGAUAAGAGGCAUCAUAUCAGUUACCCUGAUCUAUCUGCAGUCAGUAAAGAGACAUCCAGAUUGUUUAGGUAAGAAAAAAGACUUCUAAAUCCAAGUGAAAAAAUAUACCUUUUAACAAUGACCAGGACCUGUGUUCAUCCACUUCAGAAUGUUAUAAAGAGCCGAUAUAAAACUGACUGACAUCAAAAUGUAAGCAGCCUUUAAGAGCAAAUCUCAAGUUAUCACUUUGUUAUACACAUGUAUACUCUGAGCAGGAAAAGCCAAUCAGACACAAGGAUUUAACAACUUGCAUCCGCCUCAUUGUUUAUUCUUUCACAAAUCCUUAUAUGUUCUCAGAAUAAUGUUAUUCUGCAAAAGCACAAUUGGUAUUUUUAAUUUUAAGGAGCGAGUUGCAGGUUGGAGACCCCAGUAAAUUAAUGUUUAGGGAAAUGCUGUAGAAACUAGAUUUUCGGGGGAGGUGAAAUACAUCCAUAUACACAA